UCUAGGGACCAACGUCACUACUAGGGAUUUAUGGUACAAUGGCGCAGGCGUCAGACAUCCCCUCCAUGUUCCCUCGCGCUGUGGCUUUUGGAGGGAUUUAAAUCCAAAAUGGCGUCAUUUGGCAUAAUACUAUUGUAAGCAUAACGUUUGUGUGCCCGGUAAUCGUGUACAAAAACACGAAAAACUUUUAAUUGACCAAGUGAAGAGACCAUCGAACCUCGAAAAUCGAAGUAUUGAACAAUACAAUAACGUGAAAUCGUGAAUAUGUCGAAAUCGGAGGAAGGUGGUGAGCCUGGUGACAAUGGAGAGAACUCCAACGAAUCCUCAGCAGGGACAUCAUCAUCGCGUGGCGGUGAUUUUGAGACAAAAUUGGAGACCGAUAGAUCAAAGCGUUUUGACUAUCUCCUCAAACAAACCGAGAUAUUUUCCCACUUUAUGACCAACAAUCAGAAGGACAAAGCUGGCAGUCCUCUGAAAGUUCGUCCAGGACGACCACGAAAAGUACAACCUGAAGCCAACCUUAAACAGUCCGACAGUGCGAGUGAUCACAGACACAGAAAAACCGAACAGGAAGAGGAUGAAGAGCUCUUGGCGGAAAGUAAUACAAAUGUUGCUCCAACAACACGUUUUGAAGCCUCUCCACACUAUAUUAAAUCCGGUGAACUACGUGACUAUCAGAUACGUGGAUUGAACUGGAUGAUAUCGUUGUACGAGAAUGGUAUCAACGGUAUUCUAGCUGAUGAAAUGGGUCUUGGUAAAACACUACAGACAAUUUCACUCCUCGGCUACAUGAAAAACUUUCGUAGCAUUCCAGGGCCUCACAUUGUCAUUGUACCAAAGUCCACAUUAGCAAAUUGGAUGAAUGAAUUUAAGAAAUGGUGUCCAUCGUUACGUGCCGUUUGUCUGAUUGGUGAUGCUGAAACCAGGAAUACGUUCAUCCGGGACGUUAUGAUGCCAGGUGAGUGGGAUGUUUGUGUAACAUCUUACGAGAUGGUUAUCAAAGAAAAAUCGGUAUUUAAAAAAUUUAAUUGGAGAUACAUGGUGAUUGACGAGGCUCACAGGAUAAAAAAUGAAAAAUCAAAGUUGUCGGAGAUUUUACGUGAAUUCAAAACGGCCAAUCGUUUAUUACUGACUGGUACACCACUGCAAAAUAAUCUUCAUGAGCUUUGGGCCCUUCUGAAUUUUUUAUUACCAGAUGUAUUCAACAGUUCUGAUGAUUUUGAUUCUUGGUUCAAUACGAACAGUUUUCUUGGAGAUAAUCAGCUUGUUGAACGUUUGCAUGCUGUUUUGAGACCUUUUUUGCUGAGACGAUUGAAGGCGGAAGUGGAAAAGGGCCUUAAACCUAAAAAGGAAAUAAAAGUUUACAUUGGAUUGAGUAAAAUGCAGCGAGAAUGGUACACCAAAGUUCUCAUGAAGGACAUUGACAUUGUCAAUGGUGCUGGAAAAAUUGAAAAAAUGAGACUUCAAAAUAUUCUGAUGCAGCUGCGUAAAUGUUGUAAUCACCCAUAUCUGUUUGAUGGAGCUGAACCGGGUCCACCUUAUACCACUGAUGAACAUCUAGUGUACAAUUGUGGUAAAAUGGUUAUUCUGGAUAAAUUGUUACCCAAACUACAACAACAAGAGUCCAGAGUAUUGAUAUUCAGUCAGAUGACGAGGAUGUUGGAUAUUUUGGAGGACUACUGUCACUGGAGGAAUUUCCAGUAUUGUCGUCUUGAUGGUAACACAGCCCAUGAGGAUCGUCAACGCCAAAUCAACGAAUACAAUGCACCAAACAGUGAAAAAUUUAUCUUCAUGCUGUCAACACGUGCUGGUGGUCUUGGUAUUAAUUUAGCAACAGCUGACGUUGUUAUUAUUUAUGAUUCUGAUUGGAAUCCACAGAUGGAUCUUCAAGCUAUGGAUCGUGCCCACAGAAUUGGACAACAGAAGCAAGUACGUGUUUUCAGAUUUAUCACUGAGAAUACUGUUGAGGAGAAAAUUGUGGAACGUGCUGAAGUUAAAUUGAGACUCGACAAAUUGGUGAUACAACAGGGUAGACUCGUUGAUGCUAAACAAACAGCACUCAACAAGGAUGAAAUGUUGAAUAUGAUUAGACACGGUGCCAAUGCUGUAUUUGCAUCGAAAGACAGUGCAAUAACUGAUGAGGACAUUGACACUAUUCUUGAGAAAGGUGAAUUGAAGACGAAGGAAAUGAAGCAGAAAUUGGAGAGCCUGGGUGAGUCUUCUCUGAGGAAUUUCACUGUUGAUGCACCAACAGACUCGGUCUACCAGUUUGAGGGAGAGGAUUAUCGUGAGAAGCAGAAAAUACUGGGGAUUGGUAAUUGGAUUGAGCCACCGAAACGUGAGAGGAAAGCUAAUUAUGCUGUCGAUGCCUAUUUUAGGGAAGCCCUCAGGGUCUCUGAACCAAAAGCACCGAAGGCACCGAGACCACCAAAACAACCGAUUGUCCAAGACUUUCAGUUCUUUCCACCCAGACUCUUCGAGCUUUUGGAUCAGGAGAUUUAUUAUUUUCGUCAGACUGUUGGUUACAAAGUUCCAAAAAAUCCUGAAUUAGGGUCAGAGGCUGCUCGGGUGCAGAAAGAAGAGCAGAGGAAGAUUGACGAUGCUCAACCACUUUCUGAUGAGGAGAUUACUGAGAAGGAGAAGUUGCUCACUCAGGGAUUUACAAACUGGACGAAACGAGAUUUUAAUCAGUUUAUCAAAGCUAAUGAGAAGUAUGGAAGGGAUGAUAUUGAGAAUAUUGCCAAGGAAGUUGAGGGAAAGACACCUGAAGAGGUGAUGGAGUAUUCUGCUGUUUUUUGGGAACGAUGCCACGAACUUCAGGAUAUUGAUAGAGUUAUGGCACAGAUUGAACGAGGAGAGGCGAAAAUUCAGAGACGCGCUGGUAUUAAGAAAGCACUGGAUGCGAAAAUGGCGAGGUACAGGGCACCUUUUCAUCAACUCAGAAUAGCAUAUGGUACCAAUAAGGGUAAAAAUUAUACGGAGGAGGAGGAUAGAUUUUUGGUUUGCAUGCUUCACAAACUUGGCUUUGAUAAGGAAAAUGUUUACGAGGAACUCAGAGCAACUGUCAGAUCUGCUCCACAAUUUAGAUUCGAUUGGUUUGUCAAAUCGAGAACUGCACUCGAAUUACAACGCAGAUGUAACACACUGAUUACACUUAUUGAGAGGGAAAAUCAGGAAUUGGAGGAGAGGGAGAGACAGGAGAGAAGGAAAAAAGGUGGUAAUGUUGGGGCUAAACCGACUAGUAAGAGGAAGCAGGAGAAUCUACCAGCACCACAGGAUAAAUCGAGAAAAAAGAAGAAGUGAAAUUACAUUUUUUAACGUUCAUCCUUUUUUUUUCUCUCUUAAUAAUAAUAAUGUUCUUUCCUAUCUUUAUGAUUAUACACAGACUGGAUUUUUUCUAUCAUUUUUACAUCGUCAUUUAGGUUUUUUCCGUGAUUAAUAAAUGUAAUAUUGCAAAUAUUUCAAACACUUGUUUCCGUUCAUUAAUGUAAGCCGACAUUUGUGUGUAAUUUUGACUCUUCAAUUUCAUAUUAAAUGUAUCGAAAUUCAUUCGAAUAAGAUUGUCUCAUUGAAUAUUGUAGGAGGUAUUAAUAUUAUUUAUAAUUAUCGGAUGGCCCAGAAGUCAACGAAAUGGACAACGCCAAUUUCCAGAAAUUUAAACAUGUUUAUUUGUAAUUUUUCAACGCAGGCGAAUAAAUCAGCGAAUAAAAUUGAGUCAAAAAUUGUA